GUCACUAUAUCUAGCGGCAUCGUUUUAAGGAAGAUCGUCGACGUCUCAUAACCGUAGUUUACCGCAACUCGUCGACGAAAACGUGUGUUUCUUUUUCUGUGAAAUCGCAACGUAACUUGAUAUCUGUGAGUCGGCUGAGAUCUGUCCGACAAAAUGACUACCAAGCCUGCAUACCGCGUUGCCGAUAUGUCCUUGGCGGAAUGGGGCCGUAAAGAAAUCACCCUAGCCGAGCACGAAAUGCCAGGACUCAUGGCAAUCAGGAAAAAAUACGGCCCUGAAAAAAUUUUGAAAGGUGCACGUAUCGCGGGUUGCUUGCAUAUGACUGUACAAACCGCUGUUCUCAUUGAAACCCUUGUUGAGCUCGGAGCUGAGGUUCAGUGGUCAUCAUGCAAUAUAUUCAGCACGCAGGAUCACGCAGCCGCAGCUAUUGCAAAAACAGGUGUUCCUGUGUACGCGUGGAAAGGUGAAACAAAUGAAGAAUAUCUUUGGUGCAUAGAGCAGACUCUUGUCUUCAGUGAUGGCAAACCACUGAAUCUCAUUCUCGAUGAUGGUGGUGAUCUGACCAAUCUGGUCCACACCAAAUUUCCUGAAUAUUUAAAAGAGUGCCGUGGCCUUUCAGAGGAGACCACCACCGGUGUGCAUAAUCUGUAUCGUAUGUUGAAAGAAGGAACUCUUAAAGUCCCUGCAAUCAACGUCAAUGAUUCAGUAACAAAGAGUAAAUUCGACAAUCUGUACGGAUGUAGAGAAUCAUUGAUCGAUGGCAUAAAACGAGCUACAGAUGUAAUGAUUGCUGGGAAAGUUUGUAUAGUGGCUGGAUAUGGCGACGUUGGCAAAGGAUGCGCUCAAAGUCUCAGGGCACUGGGUGGUCGUGUCAUAAUCACAGAAAUCGAUCCCAUUAACGCACUUCAAGCAGCUAUGGAAGGAUACGAGGUAACCACGAUGGAAGAAGCGUCCACCAAAGGACAAAUAUAUGUUACCACCACUGGAUGCAAGGAUAUCAUAUUGGGUCAGCAUUUCAUGAAUAUGCCAGAAGAUGCUAUUGUUUGCAACAUUGGCCACUUCGACUGUGAAAUAGAUGUCGCUUGGCUUGAAAAGAAUGCGGUUGAGAAAGUGAACAUUAAGCCCCAAGUAGACAGAUACCAGUUGAAGAAUGGCAGACAUGUUAUCCUCCUCGCUGAGGGUCGUUUAGUUAACCUUGGAUGCGCAACGGGACACUCGAGUUUCGUUAUGAGUAAUUCGUUCACGAAUCAAGUGCUGGCACAAAUAGAGUUGUGGACGAAACCAAAGUCAUAUUCAGUCGAUGUUUACAUGUUACCGAAGAAACUGGACGAAGAAGUUGCAGCGCUACAUUUGGAUCACCUCGGUGUGAAGCUCACAAAACUCACAGAAGAGCAGGCCAAAUAUCUUGGUGUUCCUGUGGAAGGACCUUACAAGGCUGAUCAUUAUAGAUAUUAGUUCUUAUUAAGAAUUCAGAAGCUCCUAUGUACUUCUACGCAUUUCCAAUAUAACAAUAAAAACACGACAACAAUGGUUUUCAUUGAAUUUGUCGGUUACUGACCUUUUAGUUACUCAUUUGUUAAUUUUAAUUUGAUCAUCAAACAUUGCGUCUAACUUAUCGCGAUCCGUUAAAAGGAUAAUUGUAUUUCAU